AUCGAAAGUACAGCUCCAUUUUCUGUGCAGUUUGUGCUUUCUUUACACCAGAACUAAGAGGGAGUAGCCAUGUUGGGGGCACAGGUACUCCUGGAGGCUCUGGAGGACCUGGAGAACGACAACUUCCAGACUCUGAAGUGGUACCUGUCCCAGAGGCUGGUGGAUGGCUGCAGGCCUAUCGCACGUUGCCACCUGGAGAACGCCACACGCACCGAGACCACGAGGUUGUUACUCUCCAACUACGGCCCAGACACGGCGGUGAAGGUGUGUGUGGACGUCCUGACCAGGAUGAACAGGAACAAUAGUGUUCAGGAGCUGCAGCAGGCGUAUGCAGCUGAAAAGGCAUCUCGACCUGACUUGGUGGGACCUGCUCCUGGUGCUCCGGCUGGUUCUGGUACUCCAGCUGGUCCUGGCGUUCCGGCUUCUCUGAUAGCGCAGGGUGGCAGUGUGAUCGUGGCCCCAACAAUGUCUGGAGGGAGCGCUGGAACAUGGAAUUUUAACAUCUACAAAUAA